UUUCACUCCGACACUAUUCUAUCAUCCUCCCAUCAUCCCAUCCUGACUCGCAUUCGUGCCUGAUUUCUACUCCUCCACGACUUUGCAUCUUCCUCUAUACAACAAACACUCAGAUUCAUUCCUGAAUACCCGAUCUGUCCAUGAACAAUGCGGGGAUUUGAGGCAUCGGGCCCCGGUGCUAUCUACGGUCUUCCCUCGACCCUCACCACUUCCGUGUUAAGCACCAGCACUCCCACGCCUUCAUCCUUCCCAAGACCGAACACCGACCCGGAGAUCGUCUCCCAUAAUAUUGAAAAUGUCCUCCGUUCCGUGUCCGCGCAGUUCGAGCGCGAUCACAGCCUGGUCUCCGUCAGUGGCAACUCGUCCGGCUCGACCGGAAAGGGAAUCCUGAUCGGCAUUCUCUCUGCCUUUGGCUCUGCGGGGGUUGCGGUUCUUAUCUUGGCCUUGUUUUUCUUUUUCAAGUACACAAGACGUGGUCGGAUUAUAUUGGAUCGCAUUGGGCGACCGGGUGAAUACGAUGAUGAACAGGCGUUUUUGCGCGAUGAGGCGGAGGCUCUGGGGACGAUGGAUGAUAUUUCGCGGUCGGAAUACAUGAGAGCGAAAGCCUUUGUCGAUGCCAACCCUCCCGAAUCGGUGCAGACCGAUAUCUCGCUGUCUCAGUUCCUUGCCAUCCAAGAGAAAGGUGUCUCCGCGUGGGAAUUUCAGCCAGAACUCGAAAUCGCCAACUGUUUUGUCGAAGCUCGGACGGAGAUUGAAUUCUUUGAUUCCGAAUGCAGCGUCCAGGCAAAUCUUCCUGUGCCCAAGCAAAACGAUGUCUACUACUGGGAAGCGAAGGUCUUUGAGAAGCCCGAGACUACGUUAGUCAGUAUUGGCAUGUCAACAAAGCCGUAUCCGUUGUUUAGAUUGCCAGGCUUCCACAAAGCGUCCGUUGCAUACCUAUCGACCGGUCAUCGCAGAUUCAACCAACCGUUCACACCAACCCCGUACGGCCCUCAACUCGCGCAAGGUGAUGUGGUUGGUGUGGGAUACCGGCCUCGAUCAGGCACAAUUUUCUUCACUCGCAACGGUAAGAAGAUGGAAGAGGUGGUCCACGGUCAGAAGGUGCCCAACUUCUUCCCGACAAUUGGCGCGAACGGCCCCUGCUCUGUCCAUGUCAACUUUGGUCAGAUGGGAUUUGUAUUUAUCGAAGCCAACGUCAAGAAAUGGGGACUGGCUCCGAUGACCGGCAGUCUAGCACCACCCCCGCCGUAUGGAAGCGAACACGGCAGCAUCUUGCUCGAGUCUGGUCGAGAGAGUGCAGCGCAAAUCUCUCAUCGGGUCUACCAGAAUGCCCAUUACGCCCAUACCGAUUCAACUGUUAGAAUUGCACCGUCUCCUAGCCCUGGACCUAUCCGAUCGCCAACCGACAUCUCGCUCGCACAGCUGGCUCAUGUGCCCUCCCAGGAAGAUAUUGGCGAAGGAUCAAGUAGUCAUGUUGAAGACGACGAGCGUACCCAUCUUUUGAAUCAGGAAGAUAUUGAUAACAUUCCGCCUCCUGAAUAUACCAGCCCCGAGGGCAGUCGCCGAGGCAGUGAUGCAUCGCAACAUCCACCGAUACCCAGUUACGAUGCUGCUGUGGCUGCCCAAAAUCGUCACUUGCAAGAAAACCAAGGCCGCGACAAUGAAAACCGUUAAGUCGUGAUGUUGCAGUGCAACACGCGAUCGUUUGUUUCUUCCGUUAUUUGGCGCUCUUUCCUUUCUUUCUUUCUAUCAUCCGAUUUAGCGGCCAUGGUCGGCGUUUCAUGGGCGAGAUUCUGGCUGUAUUUGCUUUAUGGUUAUGCCACAUGGGAAGUGGCCUUGAAAUGAUGUUACGUAUAUAGGAUUGGGAGAUAUCUUUCUUCUUUUUAUCUUUUCUGGCGCUUUUAUGAUGUACUCCAUGUAUCUUACCUCGGUACGGUAAGCUGGCUGGGGCAUUUGGGGAUCAAAAAUGGAACUAUAUAUAUUGACCUGGCUAGAACACCAAUGGCCUUGGGUUAUCUUCUUUACUCUUCUAUGCUUUUCAUGUGUUCCUGCAUAGCUUUCGUCGAAUUCAUAACCUGGUCUCUGAAGAUGAA